AUGGCAGAGGUUUUGCAACACGACGUGUUGGUGGUCGGUGCGGGCUUGGCCGGCAUGAGGGCCGCAAUUGCGGCGCGGGCCGGCGGAGCGGACACCGCCAUCAUCAGCAAGGUCCAUCCGGUUCGCAGCCAUUCCAAUGCGGCACAGGGCGGCAUCAACGCCGCGCUGCUGGAUCGGGGCGACGACUGGGAAGACCACGCCUACGACACCAUCAAGGGCAGCGAUUUCCUGGGGGACCAGGAUGCCAUCGAGGUGAUGUGCCGUCAGGCCGGCGCCUCGUUGAUCGACAUGGAGCACAUGGGAGUCACGUUCAAUCGGGACGACGAAGGCCGUUUGGGCACCCGUGCCUUUGGCGGACAGCGGCGGGCCCGGACGUUCUUUGUGGGCGACUUCACCGGCCAGGCGCUGCUUCACGUAAUGUUCGAGCAGCUGAUCAAAUCCGGCGUGCAGCGGUACGAAGAAUGGUUUGUAACGGCCCUGAUCAUGGAAGAAGGGCGUGCUGCCGGCGUCAUCGCCGUGGAGAUUAGGACUGGCGAACUGUUCCUGAUCCGCGCCAAGUCGGUGAUCUUCUGCACCGGCGGUUGCGGCCGCCUGUUCGAGCCGAGCACCAACGCACUGAUCGUUACCGGCGACGGCAUGGGCCUGAUAUACAACGCCGGCGGGCAGCUGAUGGACAUGGAGAUGGUGCAAUACCAUCCCACCACGCUGGCGGGCAGCGGCGUGUUGAUUUCCGAGGCGGCGCGAGGCGAGGGUGCCUACCUGCGCGACAAAGACGGCAACCGCUUCAUGGAGAGGUACGCUCCCAGCAUGAUGGAGUUGGCCUCCCGGGACGUCGUGUCCCGCGCCGAGCAGACCGAAAUCAAUGGCGGGAAUGGGGUGGACGGAUGCGUGUAUCUGGAUUGCACGCACCUGGGCGAAGCGUUGAUCAUGGAAAAACUGAGCCAAAUCAGGGAGAUCGGCAUCGAUCUGGCCGGCGCAGACAUGAUCAAGGAGCCUAUUCCCAUCCGGCCCGGGAUGCACUACAUCAUGGGCGGGAUCAAGACUGGCAUCGACGGACUCACAAACCUGGACGGCGUAUACGCCGCCGGCGAAUGCGCGAACGUGAGCGUCCACGGCGGGAACCGGCUGGGAGCCAACUCACUGCUGGAUACCAUCGUGUUCGGCGAACGGGCGGGCAAUCACGCUUCCGAAGCGACGCGGCACAUGGGCUUCGCGGAGUUCGACGCCAUGGCGACGCUGGACCGGGAGGCGCGCCGGAUCCAGGAGAUGCUGGACCGCCCGGAGAACGGCGACCGAUGGGCUUCCAUUCGGCGCGAUAUGGGCGAAUCGAUGAACCGCAACGUGGCGGUCUUCCGCAACGAAGAGGGCAUUGAAGAGACGAUAGGCGACCUGCACGAGCUCCGCCGUCGGUACGAGAAUGUUCCGGUGCACAACAAGGGCAAGCGGUUCAACACGGACCUGGUGUUCGCGCUGGAACUGGGGUACAUGCUGGAUUGCGCCGAUACCAUCGCGCUGGGAGCGCUGGAACGGCGGGAGAGCCGGGGAGCGCAGUCCCGAACCGACUACCCGGACCGGAACGACGAAGAGUGGCUGCACCACAUCGUACUCACCCAAGGCGAAGCGGGACCGGUCACGUCCGAAUUGCCGGUAACCAUCACCAAGUGGACGCCGGAAGAGAGGAAAUACUAG